AAAAAUAAUGUUUGUACAAGAAGGGAAAAAAAUAAUAAUAAUAAUAAAAUUACAAAAUCUCCAUUAGGAAGCCAUGAGCGGUAGCAGGUGUCGUGGGCUGAGGCAAAUCAAAGAAUCAUGGAAUCAAAAGCACCACCGCAAUCAAGCCCUCCCACCGUCCUCCGCCGCCUGAUCAACCUCGAUACCGCCGUAUCCCUCAAACUCUACACCUUCUUUCAGCCCAUCCUCCCUUUCUAUCUCCUGAAAUCCUUAGAGCUCUCCGGCGAUGGCCGCCUCUUCUUCCCAAUCAUCCUCUCAAUUCUCCUCACCACAAACCCCGGCGUCGCCACCCUAACCAGCACAACCGUAACCCUAACCCCCACCGCUAAUCUCCUAAUAAACCUCCUAAUCGGAUCCCUAUUAGACCUCGUCUUAAUCGGGCUAAUCAAGCACCUAAUCCAACGGCCACGCCCUGUUUACAACAAGAACAUGUUUCUCUCAUUUGCCGUUGACCACUGGUCUUUCCCUAGUGGCCACUCUUCUAGGGUUUCGUUCAUCGCCACAUUUUGCUUCCUCUAUUCGAAUCAUAUUCGAGAAAUUAUGCUUAUCAAGGUAUUGAAUUUGUAUGCAAAGAGUGUGGUUGUGGAGUAUUUUGCUGUUGCGGUGGGGAUUUGGGCUUUCGUUACGUCGGUUUCUAGAGUGCUUCUCGGCCGGCAUUUCUUGCUUGAUGUUGUCUUCGGUGGGAUUUUGGGCGUGAUUGAAGGGAUGCUUGUUUUUCGACUUCUUAAUUAUCACAACUUGAGCUCAUGGUUUAUUCGAUGACAUCGCCUCAAAUGUAAGUUCUUUUUAUUUGCACUCCGAACUUCAGUUUUGGUCUGAACUCCAUUCAAGGCCUCGUUUGGUUGGGAAGAUUAGCCAUGAUUAACUAAAUAAUCGGACUUUGUUUGAUGUUUGGUAUUAGUGCCGGGUCGACCCGCAAAUCUUAUGUUAUCAUGGCUUAUUUUGCCUUCUAGACAUGUUUUUUAUUGGAUCAUCGAAGGUUCAAUAAUAUUACUAGGUUUCAUUAGAUUAUUUAAUCUUAUGUUGGCUAAUCUUAUCUUGGCAACCAAACGAGGCCUAAGAAGAUUUACUAGUCCUUUUCGUUUCCUAUUUUGUAAUACAUAACCUUAUGUAAUUCAGAAUUAAUUUUUGAUGAUAUUCAAUAGCUAAUCCUGUCAAUUUAAAUU